UAAAACGAUGUAAAAAUAUUUGUGCCUUUUACUUAGCCAGCAAAAAGAAUCAAAGAUGAACAUGGUCCAUGGCACCACCACUACUGUGGACGAAGAUGUUCCACUUCCCGGUUUCCGAUUCCACCCGACCGACGAAGAGCUCAUCGGGUUUUACCUUCGACGAAAAGUCGACAACAAAUCCUUAAGAAUCGAACUCAUCAAACAGAUCGAUAUCUAUAAAUACGACCCCUCUGAUCUCCCAAAAACCAGCAUGAUGGGAGAGAACGAAUUGUAUUUCUUUUGUAGACGAGGAAGGAAAUAUCGAAACAGCGUAAGACCGAAUCGGGUGACGGGAUCGGGGUUUUGGAAAGCGACAGGUAUCGAUAAGCCUGUUUUUUCGGUCGGAAGCAGUGAAGCCAUCGGGCUAAAGAAAACGUUGGUGUAUUACCGUGGAAGUGCAGGCAAAGGAACUAAAACCGAUUGGAUGAUGCAUGAAUUUCGCCUUCCCAAUCCCACAUUGACUGCACAAGAUGCUGAAGUAUGGACAAUAUGUCGAAUUUUCAAGCGGCAUAAAAAGAACAAACAAGAAUGGAGACAAGGUGCUGCUAAACGAGCUUCAACUAGCAAUGGCAAUGGUGUACAUGGCUAUGAACGUUGCAGUGUAGAAUCCAGCAGCCAUGAAAAUUACAUUACAUUUGGCUCUCAAAGCAUUGAAAACUAUGAUGAUAAUGAUGAUGAUGAUGGUGUUGAUGGUGAGAUGGUUAUGGAUCAUAUGAAGAAUGAUGGGAGUUGCAGAAGGGAAUGGUAUCAUGAAGAGAUGCAAUGUAUGGUAUCAUCAUCAUCACCAUCUUCAAGCUUUUCUACUGAAAAUGAUUUCUUCACAAAUGCUAAUUGGGAUGAGCUUAAAUCAGUUGUAGAAUUGGAUCUUGAUCCCUUUCUUUUGUGAAAAAUAAUUUUUAAUUAGAUUUAAUAUUGUAUUAGUUUUUUUUUCUCUUUCUAGGAAAAACUUUUCGUUGUUUUUCACGA